UGCGUGAUGCACAAAUAGAAAAAAGAAAGGAAAAUCGGUACCCUCAUCGUAUGGCACGUAAAGGAUAUGCUAACUUAGAAGCCGAACUGUCCGAGUCAAUCCCCUCACAGAAACUGGAUCGUGCGACGAUGUGGGUGAAGGCACGGCAAGAUAAGAAUGGCUGCUUCAAAGAACCUGAGGUGGAGGAGACGGCAGAAAGAAUUGAAAGGUUAAAGAAAAAGGAGUCUGACGGAGAGCUUACAACAGAUGGUUCAGAUGAUGUGCUCACCUUAGCAUUGGGGAAACCAGAGCAUCCUGGGAGGGUACGAGGCGUUGGUGGUUUCACCAAACCAGCUUCAUACUUUAACCUCCCAAAAAGCAGAAAGAAAAGUGUGGAAGAGACUUUGAGGAAGAGUGUGAAGUUGAUUUUGGAGGAGGAGAAGGAAAGUAUAGUCGCUAAGGAAAGAGUUGCAUGGGAACAAGAGAGAGAUAGACAAGUUGCUGAGGAAAGAGCAUAUUGGACAGCCAAGAUUGGGAGGUUGGAAGCAAAAAUUGAUGGGAAGGAGGUGCCACUAGAGUCACCAGAGUCACCAAAACAAUUGACGCCACUUCAUGAACAUGGUUCAGGCCAAGGGAGCUGUUCCCGACCAGCUGAGAAGAUUUUGAUUGACAUUGUGGAAGGUGAUGGCAAAACAGUGAAGAAGAAGUUGGUUUUAGCCGAGGAGAAGAUAUUUGUUCAAGAGGACCAGCAAGUGGCUACAGAUCAACCAAUGCAGAAACUAACUUCUAUAAUUGAAGAGGAGGUUAGAGUCCACAUAUCUUCGAAAAAUUCUGACAAUGAGCUGCAGGUUGAUGGGAACGACUGCGGACUGGCAAUAGACAGGGUCGAAAAUAUUGUUGCUUAUGGUACUGUCAUUCAAGUUAAUGUUGAGGAAGGCAAUCAGAAGAUCCAUGGGGUUCCAUUGGGAGAGGACAAUGUGCGUGUCUCAGUCAUUGGAACCAUUGUGCAUGAUGCCUUGCUACCAUUUCCAGUGAAGGAUGCUGACAUAGUCACUGUCGGAGACGCCAUUGGGACUUGUGUUGCUUGGCCAAGAAAGCUAGUUGUUAUCCCUGCACCAGAGGCACCCCCUAAACCCAUUGAGCAGAAAAUAACAAAGCGUGCUAAUCCGAAGAAGAGAAUCAGAGAUUCAUUUGAUGAUGACAAUGAAGACCUGGAAAACUUGCCGACGAAUCUGCCAUUACCAGUAAAGGACUUGUGUAUGUGGGCCAAGACUGAAUUGAUGGAUGGCGCCACAAUCCACACAACAUUUGGUGGGGAAAUUUUCGGCCAUUCUAGGAAAGCCGUCAUCUUUAGAAGGGAUAUCUAUAACAUGGCUAACAUGCUGGAAGUAUCUGGAGGAGUCAUUGUUUUUUACAUGAGCUACAUUUAUGGAGUCCUGAAGAAGUCUAAGAUGCUUGAUAUGGUUGGCUUUAUGGACCCUGCACACACCGGUAUAAUUGGGUGUGGAAAUCCCACUGAACGGGCACGGUCUAUGUCAAAUCGGUACAUGUUAGGGAAACCGGGGCAAAUAUUUUUGGUUCCAUAUAACUCAGGUGCUCAUUGGAUGUUGUCGGUGGUGAACCCGGAUGAAGAAGCCGUGCAUUUCAUGGAUCCGCUAAAAAGGCGACUUUGUGCUGGUGAAUGGAAAAGUAUUGUCGACAACUCUAUUAAAAUCUUCAAUGCCCAAAAGGGUAGGAAAGGAAGGAAAAUAAUCCAAUGGAAGAAUCUUGCUGGUAUUCCGGAGCAAACUGAUUCUAAGACUUGUGGUUAUUUUGUCAUGCGUUAUAUGAAAGAAAUUGUGGAGGACAAGAACUUGGAGUUUGCUACCAAGUGGGAAAGGAAAUCAAAUCUUGCUUACACACAGAAGGAUAUUGAUGUGGUUCGAGCUGAAUGGGCAAAUCAUGUUAUGAAGUUCUAACUUUGGUUCUGUUUAAGGUAGAUGAGUAGCACCAGCAACUGCUUUUGUGCAUUUAUAUAUAACUGAUGGAAAGUGUUGAUGAACCUAAAUUAUGCAUGCAGUUGCUUUGCCUAGCUACUCUUUCUUGACCUUAUAGGUCGUUUUUGACUUAGUGCAAUAUUAGG